AUGUCCGCCGAACAAUCCCAUGAAAGCGCCGACGCGCCGCUCAACUCCGUGCUCCCUCUGGAAGCGCAAGUGGCUGCGAACGAGCAAUCUUUGAUGACCUACCGUAUUUUGGUCUCAACCAGAGAGGCGGGGAUCAUCAUUGGCUCGAAUGGCCACGUGGUUGGCUCCAUCCGCGAUGAAACCGGCGUGAAGGCUGGCGUUUCACGCGUGAUCAAUGGCUGCUCGGACCGUAUUUUGACCAUUGGCGGGACUGUGGACUCCACUGCACGCGCCAUUGGUUUGAUCGCAAAGGCUGUAAUCGCCUCCCCGCCAGCGGCCGUCACUUAUAACUUUUUUCCGUUAAAACAAUUGGGCACCAUUCCCAACAGACAGGGCGAGACCACGUGCUUGAGAUUAUUGAUUCCGCACACUCAGAUGGGGACCUUGAUCGGCAAGGAAGGUAUCAGAAUCAAGGCGAUCCAGGAGUUGUAUUCCGUCAACUUGAUUGCCUCCAAAAACUUUUUACCAAAUUCCAGCGAGCGCAUCGUCGAGAUCCAAGGAGACGAGUCCAGUAUUGUCAACGCCAUUCGAGUCAUGUCUAACUGCUUGAUCGAAGACUUCCAUUCAGCCGCAGGCACUAUCUACUAUAUGCCCGCUCCAAGACAGCAGCAGCAGAACCUGGUGCCACAGCAGAACCCAACCAGUAGAAGUAUCGCCGCGCCUGCGCGCCUGCGCGCCGCGCCUGCCGCUUCGGAUGCCAUUACCCAGACGGUCAAGUUCCCUAAGGACUUGGUGGGAUCUUUAAUCGGCAGACGUGGGGCCAAGAUUCAGGAGAUCAGAAAAGUCUCGCAGACGCAAAUCAUCAUCGAUAAUGAGGUCGACGAUGAUGAUUUGAGAUUGUUCACCAUUGUGGGCAAGCCCGUUGGCAUCGAAAAGGCCUUGACCUUGUUGCACGGCGGCUUGGAAAAGGAGAAGGAGAGAAGAGCCGAAGAUGCCGAGGACUACGAACAGACGCCCGAGUUUGUGGAAGCCUAA